UCUACUGCGGGUCACGACAUGUUUUAUAAGCGAUAUAUUACUGUCAAGAUAAAUCCCCUCUUCUCUUCAUCGAACGCCGAAACAGACGCGUCAAUCCCAAAACAGCAGCGGAAGUGAAUGGGUUUGAAUCAUCUUGAUAUUCUCCUUUCCAGCCUGCCGUUUCCUCUCCCCAAUGAACAGCUUCCGCUCAGCGACCACUCGGUUCGCGGGAAACCUCCUGUCUUCUGCCCGUCAGCCUUUUCAACGCUCAGGAUUCCAGAGGAUACCAAAACACCCGUACUAUUUUUUGUUGUCCCCACCAACGACUAGGCUCCAAAAUCCUAUACCAAGCGAUGACAAGGCUUGGAAACGUUCUUUUACUCGUGUUUACGCUAAGCUAACGCAGAAAGCUAACGCCGACUGCUGCAUGUGAGCGGACGCGGUGACAAGCCCAGACAAGACAAAGAGUGGCUCCUUCUGCUGACAGGAAAGAAGAAGCUGCAUAACAUGAGUCUCUUUAAUCUCGACCGCUUUCGUUUCGAUAAGAAGCCUGGGGCGUCAAGCAAAAAAGAAGACAGUGGUUCCAAAAGUCCGGAAUCAGAAAAGGAGAACAAGCCAGCUCACAUGAAAACUACUAAAAGUUCCUCAAAAUCCCUGGGACGAGGAGUCGUUUUUGAUGACUUUGUAAUUGGAUCAUCGGAUGAGGAAGAGCCAAAGCCGAAGGUAGCGUCGUCAUUGAAGUCCAUCACAAAGACCAAAAAAGCAGGGAACGAAGACAGUGAAAUAAAUGAGAAACUGGGCCGUCUACAAGAGAUUUUCCCGCAGCUCACGAGGUCCCAACUCUUGGAAGUCAUUCAGAGUACAAGUACUUUUGAGGGAGCUGUUGCUGUCUGCAUGACGCAGUUUUCCUCUAAAGAGGCAGAUGGAGGGAGGAAAAGGAAACAGGAUGAAUCCAGCGGGUCUAAGGAAAGUUCCGAACAGCCGUCCAAAAGGAAGAAACCGUCAGAGAUCUCUGAGGACGAAGGGAGUGAUGGGGAUGAGCCAAACUGGGAGAAGCAGGAGUCAAUGGUCCGAAGGCUCCAAAAGAAGUUUCCGGAUCAAGACAAGGAGGAGCUGAGGCAGGUGCUGAAAGAGCACGACUGGAACGUUGACGACGCUCUCCAGGUUCUACGAAUGUUCUCCGAUCCAGAUGAGUCCAUUAUGAGCGCGUCUGAGACGGACGGCAAGAAGUCGGCAGGUGGUAGAAAGAAGACCAAUGAGAACUCAGGAGAGUCGGUCGUCAUCAGUGACUCUGACGAGUGCGUCACGGGAGAUUCCGAGGACGAUAAUGGCUCGGAGGCAGGCGGCGACGACAAGCCGGUUUUCUACCGAGACUGUUCAACUUUGUCCGAAUGGAUCAGCAAAAGUCCCACCCCUGCGCUGAUCACGAUUCCCACACAGAAAGGCAAAACGUCAUCUUCCCAAAAACCAGCCAAGUCUUCAGCGACAGCACAGUUGGUCAGUGGCACCAGGGCAGCCAAACAGCAGGCGGUGGAAAGGAAGCAGAAAGCUCGUGCCACAGAUGAGCAUAUUAGCUCUGAGGGAGAGGACGAUGAGGAGGAUGCAGUCAGCAGUGAGUUUGAAGACUCGGAUGAUGAGCUGGACGCGGUGGCUGGCAUGAGUGAAAAGAAGAAGGAGGUGUUCACCUUCUUCCAAAAUGCAACUCUUGAUGAGUUGUGUCUGAUCGCUGGAUGCUCUGUUAAAAAAGCCCAAAAGAUUGUGGAGCUGAGGCCCUUCGAUGACUUUGACAGCCUGGUUGAACUUUUCAACAAACAGAACGGACUCUCAGAGGACCUGUUGUACGAGUGCAAAGUCUUCCUGAAGGAGCGAAACGUUGUGCUGGGACUGAUGUCCAAGUGUGAGAAGAUUUCUUCGCUGAUGGUGCAGCAGGUCACUGCAGUGGUCGAGAAAGGCACGGGGGCCAUGAAGCAGCCUGAAGUUCUCAACAGCCAAUUCCAGCUGAAACCUUAUCAGCUGAUUGGCCUGAAGUGGCUGAUGCUUCUGCAUGAGCACCAGCUGAGUGGAAUUCUCGCAGAUGAAAUGGGUUUGGGAAAAACCAUCCAGGCGAUCGCGUUUCUGGCCCGGUUGUAUCAGAGUGGAUCUGAGGGUCCUCACCUCAUCAUUGUACCAGCCUCCACGCUGGAUAACUGGGUCAGAGAGCUGAAAAUGUGGUGCCCGAGCAUUAAAGUUAUUAUUUAUUAUGGGACAAUGGAAGAACGACGCUACCUCAAACACGACAUCUUAAAUAAUGAUAUAGAGUUCAAUGUCAUCGUGACGACAUACAACUUGGCCAUUGGAAAUGACAGCGACCGAGGACUUUUCCGUAAGCUGCGUUUGACCUAUGCAGUGUUCGAUGAAGGUCACAUGUUGAAAAAUAUGAACUCGCUGCGAUAUCGCCACCUCAUGGCCAUAAAUGCAAAGUACCGCCUGCUGCUCACUGGUACUCCACUACAGAACAACCUUUUGGAACUGAUGUCUCUUCUGAACUUCAUCAUGCCCUCUAUGUUCUCUAGUUCCACCACACAGCUCUCCAAGAUGUUUUCCACGAAAGCACAGACCGACCAGAGUCCCUUUGAGAGGGAUCGUAUUUCUCAGGCCAAACUCAUCAUGAAGCCAUUCAUCCUCAGAAGAGUGAAGAGUGAGGUGCUGAAGCAGCUUCCAGCCAAGGAGGAGAGGGUUGAUUUUUGCUCCAUGAGCAAGGACCAACAGGUUCUCUAUGAAAACCUGUUUAAGAAAAUGAAAGCCUCGAGCACAGGCGAGAAGCGUGAGUUGUGUAAUGUGAUGAUGCAGCUAAGGAAGAUGGCCAACCACCCGCUGCUGCAUCGGCAGUAUUACACCACCGAAAAGCUCCGGGCGAUGAGCAAACUCAUGCUGAAGGAGCCGACUCACUUCGACGCCGAAGCAUCGUUGAUUCAGGAGGACAUGGAGGUGAUGUCUGACUUUGAGCUGCAUCGUCUGUGUCAGCAGUACAGUUCCAUCAGCUCCUUCCAGCUGGAUACCAAGCUGCUGCUGGACUCAGGAAAGUUCAAUCACCUCACUGGGCUGCUGGCUUCGAUCAAAGAAGAGGGAAGUCGAGUGGUUCUGUUCAGUCAGUUCACUAUGAUGCUGGACAUAGUAGAGAUUUUCCUGAAACAUCUCAAGCACCGUUACAUCAGAUUGGAUGGAUCCACGCCAAUAGCUGACAGGAUCAUGUUGAUCGAUGAGUUCAACACAGACCAGGACAUUUUUGUGUUCCUGUUGUCGACGAGGGCCGGCGGUUUGGGCAUCAACCUGACCUCGGCUAACGUUGUGAUCCUACACGACAUCGACUGCAACCCGUACAACGACAAGCAGGCAGAGGACCGGUGCCACCGCGUGGGUCAAACCAAGACUGUCCAAGUCAUCAAGCUGAUCAGUAAGGACACCAUAGAGGACGCCAUGCUGCAGGUCGGCCAGAGGAAACUCCGACUGGAGCAGGACAUGACCUCUGCUGAUCAGGGUGAGGAGGGGACCAUACCUGAAGACAUGGCGUCCUUACUGAAAGCCUCGCUUGGACUCUGACAAGCACACAACGGUCUCAUUCUGGCAAAACUUGAGUAUUCUGACUACAGAACCACUGUAAUUCUCAGCUGCCUCAGUUAGUGUUCAACUGAUCCAGCACAGUUCUACGUUUGCAGGUUGUUGCGCUCUCAGAUUCCAACAGUAUCUGUGCCUUGUUAAAGAGAACAGGCCAAACUAGUCUUCAGCACAGCUGACUAUAUUACUUCUUCACCUGAGCUAGUUUCUUCACCUGCAAAGUGUUAAAGCCAAUCGAAGGCAAAAGUGAGUUAUUUAUCAUCAUUCCGUCUUUUGACUUCUGAAAGUAUGUAACAAGAAACCAAAUGUCCAUUUAUUCCGCUGCAUCCCAACAUGAAGUGAAAUAAAUGACGGUGGUUCUUGGAAGCAGCUGCUAUGUUUGUGAACUGUACGACCUUUAUUUGUAUUUUUGUGUUUGUGUUUAGUCACCUUUGUAUGUUCUAGUAAACAGUUUAAAAUAAAGGUUUAUU